UUCAGUGUAAAGAAACGCUGAAAGCUCAAAGCUCGUGAAAACAAUCGAUGACCAUAGUGUCGAUUAAUCGAUUGCGAAAUCGAUCUGCACAUCCCAUCUCUAUUAGCCGCUUUAGCUUUAGAAUUAAAUGUGCUAAGAAAUUGAAUUAAAAUUCAAUGGCUGGUCGCAUGAAGAAGCUCGUGCCCACCGAUGGCAAUUGGAUCCCGGAGUCGCGCCGCUUCCCCCUGGAUUUGAUCGCCAGCGUGAUGAGUGGCCUGCGCGGCGACGUGGAGGGAGUGACCCCCGAGGAGCGCCAGUCCCUGAAGGAGUUGCAGAAGACAUGGCUUAAGAAGCUGGCCAACCGCCUGCCGGAUUCAAAUCCCCGUCCGCCCUCGCCCAAGAGGCCUCGCCUUCGGGCCAAGAAAAAGGCCCCCCAGGUGGAGAUCCCGCCGGCGGUGGAGGAGCGCGAGGAGUACAACGUCUACGAGGUGGAGGACAGCGAGGUGGUCAGGAACCGCAUCUGCAUACCCCGACUUCGAUCCCAUUGGAAGCUGCGCUACUUUGAGAUCAUGAUGCCCGCCUUUGUCAUCAAGCGCGGCCUAUUGAAUAAGCACUUCAACUGGGAGAUCGUCGACAAGAUCAUGGGCGCCCCCGACGAAGAGGCCACCGCCUUUCUCCAGGAGUUCGUGGACGACGUGGUCAAGGACCUGACACCCUGAAGUAUGACUUUGUUAAAGUAAUGUUCACUACAUCACCAUUAUGAGGGUUUCAUUUACACUCACUGGUUUAGUACUUAAAAUUAACUAUCUUUCUAGGGAUAGGGCUUACAGUUUAACUUAAAAAAAACCACUAGUUCAAAAAUGUUUGCAACCUAAGUAUAUUACAGGUUGGUUUUGCAAAUUGUUGAAUAUGUUUAGAGCAGCUUUUGAGUUUUCAACGGUCUUAAAAUAUUGUUUAUUUAAUAACUGAUUACUAUGAGAACAUAUGUUCGUCUAUUUAUUUUUCAAAUUUUUUGAUCAAUUCUUAUUGUUUUGAAUUUGUGCGUUAGCUUAAAAUUUAUAAGCACAAGCAAAGUUGUUUUCGGUUGAAAAAAAUGACUAGAAACAUUAAAAAACUUGUACAGAGUACAAAAUCCUUAUUAACGAAUAAUUAUGUAAAUUUUUUGGGGU